AUGAGUCCAACUAUAGCUAAUUUACGCAUAAAUCAUUUACAAAAUCAAUUAAGUAAAUUACGUGAUGAAUUGUAUAGAACUGAGUGUGAUAAAGAAGAAUUAAAAAUUCAAUUAACCGAAGUCACUGCACAAAAUCUUGAAUUAAAACAAAAAUGUACCAUUUUAACGGCAAAAGCAGAAGAAAGUAUUCAUUUAAAAGAUGAAUUAGAUAUUGCUCGUGAAGAAGCAUCUAAUAUAUUACGUUUAUCUACAACUAUUGAACAAUUACGUAAACAUGCUGAUGAAGUAGUUAGUUUACGUUUACGUUGUUCACAAUUAGAAAAUGAUAAUCAAAUUUGUGUACAACGUUUAACUGAAUUAGAACAAGAAACACGUUUAGAUGGGAAUAUACGAUCAAAAGUAAAAGCUCAAGCACGUUUACAAAUAGAAGAUGCACAAUUCUUAGCAAAUGAAGCAAUAAAACGUGCUGAAUUAGCUGAACAAAAUUUAUUAAAAAUUCGACAAGAAUUAAUUAAUGUAAAUCGUGAAAAAGAGUGUAUCUUCUCUGAACUUACUCGUCUUAAAUCUUGUUGUGAAGGUCUUCAAUCAUGUGCACAAGCAUCAAAUUAUGAUACACCAAUAAUGGAAUCACAAAUGUUAAAUUUACAAGAAGAACUAUGUCGUUUACGUACAUCAAUGUAUGUUAGUGAUAUGAGUAGUGGUAGCAAUAUGAACGAAGUUGGCGGCAAUACUACUACUACUACUACUAUUACGACUGGUAUAUUAGACAAUGAUACUGGUUUUGUUGAUGAUAAUGAUGUUCAUCAUUUCAAUAUGUCUUUAACAUCACAAAACCAAUUGAAUACUAAUGAUAAUGAUUGUCAUUCAUUAACUGUCAAUGAUAAUGAUUCUUCUAGUACACAUAAUUUGCAAACACCAUCUACAAAUUCUUAUCAUAUUCAUGUUGAUAAAGAUAUGAAUAAUCCAUCUGCUGCCACUACAUUGUUAUAUACAAAUUUAAUGAGAAAAUUAACUCAAAAAGAAACAGAUUUCAUUGAAAUGGAACAAAAAUAUCGAGGUUAUUUAUGGAAAGCACGUGAAGUGAUACGAUUGUUAGAACGUCAAUAUCGACAACAUCAACAUAAUUGUCCACAAUAUAAAAGAAAAUAA